AUGGCCCCUAAGAACAACGCCAAAGGCGGCGACAAGAAAGGCGCCGCGGCCAAGGGCAAGGGCAAAGACGCCGGCAACGACGACAAGAGCAAAGUCAAGGGCGCACAGUCAAUCAACGUGCGGCAUAUCCUGUGCGAGAAACACGCUAAGAAAGAAGAAGCCCUCGAGAAACUGCGCAACGGGACCAAAUUCGAUGAGGUCGCUCGUGAGUUCUCGGAGGAUAAGGCGCGGCAGGGAGGUUCCCUGGGUUGGAAGACUAGGGGAGAUCUGGAUCCGGCUUUUGAAAAUGUUGCCUUUGAAUUGGAGACUAGUACUACAGCGAAACCCAAGUAUCAGGAGGUGAAGACGGGCUUUGGGUAUCAUAUUAUCAUGGUCGAGGGGCGCAAGUAA